AAAAGGUUGAUCAUUGGUUGAUGUCAUGCUUUAUAAAGCAGGGUUCUUCCCCUGCAGAUACACAGAGAGUUCAAUUUCCAUCAGGUGGACAAACGUGGUGUUAACAUGAAGCUGGAGUUGCUGUUUGUGCUGGCUGUGGCGGCCCUGGUCCCCAGCUUCUCUGAGAGCCGAAUCGUCUCCAAAUGCGAGCUGAGAGACGACCUCGGAAAGGUCAUCACCCUGAAAAAGAAGCUUGUGCCAUACAGGGACCAGAUUUUGGCAGUUGUCAUCUGUGAGGUGGAGAUGAGAUCCCACUUCAACACCAACCUGGUCACCGUGUACGGUGAUCGCAAACCUACAACAACAGCCACACCAACAACUCUUCCAACAGCUGGAAAAAAUGUAACAAUUGUCGAUACAACCACCACAUCAACCACCAACUCGACUACAACCACAAGUCCAUCUACAGCAAACGCAACGAUCACAAAUUCAGGCUCUGCAUCCAACAUCACAGCUAGCGGCAGCAGAAAAAAGCGGGAUGCUCCAAGAGAGAACAAGAAGAAGUCAAAGUCUAAGGAGUCUCUGGUCUCCUCUAAUGAGAAGGAGAUGGAAGACGAUGAGCAUGAGGAUGAUGAGGAAGAUUCACCAGAAAACAAGCCAAUGAUGGGAUCGUCUCUCGGCUACUACGGGAUCUUUCAGCUUUCUGACAGCCAUUUCUGUGAUUCCGGUUAUCGUUCAUCAAAGAAUCUGUGCCGUUCAUCCUGCUCAGCCUUCACCGAUGACGACAUAACUGAUGAUGUAGCUUGCGUCGUAGGGAGCGGUUACUGGAAGCAUCUGCUGGAGAAAGCCUCUAAACAGUGCCAGCGUGUCAAGAAGACCUACUUUGCUGAAUGUGCAGCUUGACGGCACCAUUUCCUCCUGCAGGAAAAGCAACUUGUUAUCAGCACUAUGGGGUGAUCUAGUUUAUGGUGGUUGUUUUAAUAUUCAAUACAAAACAAAUGAUUCUAUGUAUGUCGUUCUGUCUGUGAUCUCUCAAUAAAUACAUAAAAUACA